AUGACUGCACCUCCGUUCAUCCAAUUGAAGAAUGGUGGAGGUCAGCGGCCGCCGCCUCCCCCCCAACCAGCACGGCAAGGAUACCCUCCGCCAGCAGGAGGACAGAGACCAAUGCCGUCCAAUCUACCACCUUCGCACCAUAAUGCAGGGUUUCGAGGCCCAAUGCAGCCCCAGAUUGUUCAAAACAUGUUUCCACCAGGUCUACCCAGAGCUGAACUACCAGUGGAGCUGCGCCUCAAUCGACCAGUAAUACAGGUUUCUGAUAUCAACCAGCGCUUCUUGUCCGAAGAUGAUAUGCGCGUACAAUGUACUGAGUACUUGCCCGUUCGUUUCGAAAAGGUUCAGAGCCAUGACCUCUACGACGACAAUGGCCAGCUUGUGCAGCCCAACUGGGACAAGGCAGUAUGCACACAAGUGCAGGGUAUGUCGAUAAAGGAUAUCACCAAAGAGAUACGAUGGUUAGAUAUGAAUACGCAUGAUGUUGUAUCGAAAAAGGCGACUUUACCACCGGCACUGCUUCGCCAGCUCGAUGUCGCCAUGGACGAUCUCAUCAAGGCAGACUAUGACACUGCCAACUACGUGUGGACUUUAGCACAGAUUGACCAACAACUCAAGAAGGUUGACACGCACACAACGGUGUACCAUCAUACAGUGCCUCGAGGCCACAAAUCACUUAACUCGAAACACCACCACUCGAGCAAGAAGAGGAGAUAUUCCACUUCAGGGAAACCAAAGAAGAAGUGCAUGGAAAGGGUUACACUCACGGCAUACUUCAAACGUUCACCACGACCUCAGGCACCAAUCCGACAACUUUACGAGGCUAAAGAGAGGGCACGGGCUAUGACACAAGGUGGAGGAGCACCGAUGGGUGUAGGCCCUCCAGGAUUCCCACCUGCGCCAGGCGGUCCCCCAAAUGUUCCGCUCAGAUGGCCCGCUCCGCCUCCAAACCCACAACCCCAGGGCGGCGGUGGACGCGGUGUGCCACAGAUGGCUCAGCCAGGUCAACGACCACCUGUGAAAGGGCGACCACCAGGGAAUGGGCGACCACCAGUUGCUGCCAACAUUGCAGCAGCCGGCCGAAAAAAGCAGAAAUCCUACAAGGAUUCAGAAUCGGACAGUGGUUCGGAGACUUCGUCCAGUUCUGGCUUCUCAAACAGCUCAAACUCAACAAACACUUCAGAAACCCAGUCAUCGCACUCUUACAAGAAACGUGGCCGCGGGCGAGACAGGAGCCAACAUCGCAAUCAUAACCAGCCGCGAGAAUCCAGCCGAGCCUAUGGUAUCGCCUCUCCGAAACAGCACAGCAGACAUGAGAGGAAUUAUAUACUCGACCCUGGCAGUCGAAUUCCUCCCCCAACGGCGCUGCAUGCAUUACCCGUAUUCACGGAAGAUCUUGACAGGGUCAGAGAUGAAGCAUUCCGUGCUGGACGUGCAGCUGAGGCGUACAGCCGACAAUCUCCACCUCCGCCGCCGCCACCGCCGCCGCCUGCGGUCACGACUUCAGCGAGUGAUAUAGACAGGCUCCAAGAGGAUGCCUAUAGAGCGGGAGCGCGCGAUGCUCGGGCUCGCGAUAUCGUGGACGAGUAUGAAAUCCAGCCCAGGCCGAGAUAUGGCCCUAGGAUCAUUCAACCUCCACGAAACAUUGUUCGGGCUGUUGAUCCCAGGUUCCUCCCUAAAGAAGCAUUGCACAGUAUGCGUUCUCCAGGUUACUCAGAUGAUGACCUACCACCCCUCGAGCGCCUUUCCAUGAAUGACCCUGAAAGGUUAUAUCACCAGCAACAGUCACGGCGCUAUUCAGCGUUUAAACCACGGAACUAUGACUUCAAUAGCGAUGUCAGUGUGGAUGACUACGACAAUGAUUUCGUUACAGAGAUCCGGGGACGGCCAUAUUCAGGACGGAGGCAUAUAGCAACCAAUGACUACAUAAGGCGGCGUGAGAUUCCUCGAGGGAUGGAUUUUGAGUGUAGCCCAGGGAAAUCUGAUGGCUACAUGAGGCAUUGCGAUUCAUCCCGUCCAAUGGAUUCGGGAUACGACCCAAGGCCGACUAACAAUGGGGUGGGGCAUCGCGAGGCUCACGGAAUGGGUGGUCUCAACAACGGACCGGGCACAAACCCUUUCAACCCUAGAUAUCCGCCAAGGAGAGGCUCGUUCGAGCGCCGUCGCGGAUAA